GUCAUUGCAAAUUGUUGCCUACACUCCGGACAUACUAUUUACAGACACAUCACACAACUACAGCAGGAACUACUUACAGACUUAUCCAAGGAUAUGGGUCAGGGGCACGCCAACUCCAAACCUGAAGAGGUGGAUGAGUCCAUGGUGUUAGUUGGAAGUGAGGAAGACUUCAAAAAAUCAAAGAGAAUCAGAGCUACAGUAAAUGAUAGAGAGGUUGUGAUAUUUUAUCACGAAGGGAAAUACCACGCAUUGGACUUGCGCUGUUACCAUUCGGGGGGACCCUUACACCUUGGAGAAAUUGAGGACUGCAAUGGACAGACUUGCAUCAUUUGCCCAUGGCACAAAUUUACAAUUGCCUUAGGCACUGGAGAGGGACUGUAUCAAGGUAAAGACCCUGAGAACCCUACAGCCAAAAAGUGGUACUCCAAGGGAGUGAAGCAAAGAGUUCAUAAGGUCACCAUCAGGAAUGGCGCAGUUUACGUGGCGCUAUCGGAUACAAGCAUCAGAUAUGAUUCUGAUUAUUACGCAUCUGAGAAAUUUGAUGAAAAAACGUGCAUUAAAAAAUAG